CACGUAUCACUCAGCGAAUCUCUUGGCCGCAAUAUGACUAGCUGAUAACUCCCCACGAACCUCCACCUGCGGGGCCACUGCUGACUACUUAAGCCGCGCAGACAGCCCAGACCAGCAGUCUCGCCCUGCAGUCCCAGUCAGUGCACACGGCCGCCACCAUGUCUAUCCGAAACGGAGUCACCUCCCCGGCACCCUCCCUCAAGGCGUGCAAGUGUGGCGGCAUCGCGCCCGCCAACGACGUGCAGCACCAGCACCACGAGAACGGCAUCGAGGACAUCAAGGGCCAGCUCCUCCACCGCAGGGAAAGGAGGUCCUCGUCUUCCACUGCAGGCCAUGAGAAGUGCCCCUUCCACUUUGACAUGGAGCUGGACCACAAGCCGCCCACCAGGGAAGAGAUGCUGCCCGAAUUGGCCUCUAGUUACCGUUCCCUCCUGAAGAACUUGGGCGAGGACACAGAGCGCGAAGGCCUGCUGAAGACACCCAUGAGAGCUGCCAAGGCCAUGCUCUUCUUCACCAAGGGAUACGACCAGACCAUUGAAGACGUGAUGAACGACGCCGUGUUUAACGAGGACCACGAUGACCUGGUGAUCGUCAAGGAUAUCGAGAUGUUCUCCGUCUGCGAGCACCACCUUGUUCCCUUCUGGGGCAAGGUCUCCGUCGGCUACCUCCCCAACAAGAAGGUGCUCGGCCUCUCCAAAGUCGCUAGGAUCGUGGAGGUGUUCAGCCGACGACUCCAAGUCCAGGAGAGACUCACCAAGCAGAUCGCCCUGGCCGUGGUGGAGGCCAUUCAACCCACCGGCGUAGGCGUGGUGGUGGAGGGAACACACAUGUGCAUGGUUAUGCGUGGAGUGCAGAAGAUCAACUCCAAGACGACCACCUCCACCAUGCUGGGAGUGUUCCGGGACGACCCCAAGACCCGCGAGGAAUUCCUGAGCCUCGUGAAGUAGAGGCGCGUCUCUGUCUCUUGGGGCUGCUCUCGCGUAGGCGGGGCGAACCAGGCCAGCGCCCUGAGCCGCGAGAGACGGAGCCGAGAUGACCAGACCACCGGACAGACCCGCGUAACGACCACGGCACCGCCUGAAGGAGGAGGGCGCGACGAGGCGGUGGCGCCGCGGGGGACAGAACAAGAAAGAUCCAUGCUAGCGGCCAGUGUGUGAAUUCCCUCGAGGCGCCACUGACUGACUCCCGUCCCGCCGCCCUCGCCUCAUCCUUUAGGGGGAGGCUCCUCCGCCUUCCGUUUUCUUUUCUUGUUAAUUGAUUAACUUUUUUUUUUUAAUUGUUUAAAACUAUUCUUAAAAAGAAGAGUUUUGUUUGACGCCUGCAAGUCUUGUCACAAGCUUACACGCGUGCACGCUUGCACGCAUACACCCACCCAAACACACACACACACACACACACACACACACACACACACACACACACACACACACACACACACACACACACACACACACACACACACACACACAUACACGUACAUGCGCGCUCACAAACACACACACACACACACACACACACACACACACACACACACACACACACACACACACACACACACACACACACACACACACACACACACACACACACACACGUCACGUGUAUAUGUGUGAUUACAUUAAUUUAACUGUUUUUAGGCAUAAAGGCUUUCACACUUUGUGUCAAUCCUGCAAAAAAAGAAGAAAAAGAAAAGAAAAAGAUGACCUCAGCCCCGCCAGCAAGUCUACCUUCCUAAUGUUGAGUCAUUGCCUGAGCGACGAGGUCAAGAAGUGACCCACCCGCGCCGCUCGUGCUGAGCCUCAGGAGGGGAGGCCACGCCAGCACGCUGAGGACUCAGCGCUGCGAGACUCCUUCACAACCUUACAGAGACGACCUGCCCUGUGUCGUUGCCGUCCCAUGGACGGCAUCAUCACUGCAGCGGAGGCGUGGCAGCACUGGCCGGCGAGGUGAGGGCACAAAGCGGCGCCUCCUUCAGUGCUUCCCGGGGGCGCCCACCUCCCGGCCAGUCUGCGCCUCCGCCUACCUCUGGCAACACACAACAUAUCAAUCUUCAAGCUGCUUGCACCCCGACGGCGAGAUUGGGCAGCGUGUGUGGCGGCCCGCGGCGUCGUCUUCCCUCCCCUGCCUGGCGGCGAGACGCAGGCGGUGUCCAAAUACGAUGCUGCAGGGGAUUGUUUCAUCAGUAUUAAACCUAAAGGUGUGGUGAGCCACAGAUGUUCCUCCGCCCUGAAACACGAAACGAGUACAACUGUGCUUCUCAUUCACAUGCAACGAGUCUUUCUGACGUGUUACCUCAGCCGACCGCCAUCCCGGCCGCCCCCCGCCCACGCUGUGCCGUGCUCAGGCGGGGAGCGGCAGGCCCCGCGUCGUGCUCGACUGAGGCUCAGAGCAACACUGAAGGUGCCUGAUCAUAGAGUAUCUAUUGCCAGCCUACAGUAAUAAGUGUUUCGUUUCGACCUCACAAGGUAGAGUUAGAGGGUUGUUAGUUUCAGAGGUAACCGUAAUUUUAAAUAAGAGACCUGGGAACAAUUGUUUCAUGACUUGUUUAAUCAAAUAAAUGUAUUUCUUAA